CGGCGCCGCGGCUGCCGGCACAUCGUGAGCGGAGCCGGCCAGAGCAGCAGCCCCGAGUGUAGCAGCACUCCUUCCCCGGCUGCCUCGCGUGGACAUUCUCCUGCCUUUCUUCUCUUGCUAUAUUUUUUUUUCCGAUUUAAAAGGGAACAUAGUUUAUUUUUUUUUUAUUAUCUAUUUUUUUUUUUCCAUCCCGCUUUCCAUCGCGGUUCGCAGCGGGGUUCGCCCUCGCUCCCUCUCAGCGCGCAGCGGCUGCGCUGGGGCCAUUCCUGCCCGGCUUUGUGCCCUGCAGACCCGGCCCUCCUCUUCCUCCUCCUCCCCCUCCUGCCGUAAAACCUUCACGAGGCUCUUAGCAGCAUCUGAAAGCGCCGCAGCCACUCGCCCAAACCACCGACUUCAACAAAAACCCUUUUUAUUAUUUUUUUAUCAUAUAUUUCCCCACGUCCUCCUCCCUCCCCUUUUUUAUUUCUCCUCCUCCCUCCCUCAAACGCAUCAAGGUGGACGCGGACCGCAAAAAGACCUUUGUUUUAAAAAUGCCCAUGGAGCUGACGCAAAGCCGCAUCCAGAAGAUUUGGCUUCCCAAUGACAACCGCCCGGCGCUGCCCCGCCGCUCCUGUGGGCCUCAGCUUGCCAAUUCCCCCACUGUGAUAGUCAUGGUUGGCCUCCCAGCCCGUGGCAAGACCUACAUCUCCAAGAAGCUGACUCGCUACCUCAACUGGAUUGGUGUCCCCACAAAAGUUUUCAACGUGGGGGAGUAUCGCCGUGAGGCCGUGAAGCAUUACAGCUCCUAUGACUUCUUCCGUCCUGACAACGAGGAAGCCAUGAAAGUCAGGAGGCAAUGUGCCAUGGCUGCCCUGAGGGAUGUGAAGCUGUACCUGACGGAGGAGGCCGGGCAGAUUGCGGUGUUUGAUGCCACCAAUACCACGAGGGAGAGGAGAGGGAUGAUCCUAAACUUCGCCAAAGAGAACGGGUUCAAGGUGUUCUUCAUCGAAUCUGUCUGCAAUGAUCCCAACGUGGUUGCCACCAACGUUAUGGAAGUCAAAUUGUCCAGCCCAGAUUACCGGGACUGUAAUUCCACGGAUGCCAUGGAGGAUUUCAUGAAGAGGAUCAAUUGUUACCAGGCCAGCUACCAGCCCCUCGACCCUGAUGACUAUGACAGGGAGCUUUCUCUCAUCAAAGUCAUCGAUGUUGGCCGGAGGUUCCUGGUGAACAGGGUCCAGGACCACAUCCAGAGCAGGAUUGUUUAUUACCUGAUGAACAUCCACGUCCAGCCCCGCACCAUUUACCUCUGCCGGCACGGGGAGAGCGAGUUCAACCUCAAGGGCAGGAUUGGAGGAGACUCUGGCCUCUCCAACAGGGGCAAGAAGUUUGCAGUGGCGCUGAACAAAUUUGUGGAAGAGCAGAACCUGAAGGACCUCAAAAUUUGGACCAGCCAGCUAAAGAGGACAAUCCAAACAGCAGAAGCUCUCCAGCUGCCCUAUGAGCAGUGGAAGGCACUCAAUGAAAUCGAUGCUGGUGUGUGUGAAGAAAUGACCUAUGAAGAAAUCAGGGAGCAACACCCAGAGGAAUUUGCUCUGCGUGACCAGGAUAAAUAUUACUACCGUUAUCCUUCUGGGGAGUCCUACCAAGACCUGGUGCAGCGCCUGGAGCCGGUGAUCAUGGAGCUGGAGAGGCAAGAGAAUGUCCUUGUCAUCUGCCACCAGGCUGUCAUGCGCUGUCUCCUGGCCUACUUCCUGGACAAGAGUGCAGAUGAAAUGCCCUACCUGAAAUGUCCCCUGCACACAGUGUUGAAGCUGACCCCGGUAGCCUAUGGCUGCCGGGUGGAAUCCAUCUCCCUGAACAUUGAAGCAGUCAACACCCACAGAGAUCGGCCAGAGAACAUGAACAACUCCCAGAAGCCGUCGUGACUCCGUGGGCACCGCUGUGAGGCCGCCGGCGCCGCCAGCUUCCCAUCCCAUCGCCAUUCCCGAAGCUUGCUUCCAACCCAGGCGGGGCUGGCUCUGCUCCCCCUGCCCCAAACCCAGCACUGCUCAGCGGGGAGGGAUGCAGGAGAGCCCAGGAGGAGCCCAGCUCCCUGCCAGGGUCACCACCAGCUCUUCAGGCUGCAGCGUUUGCUCUCCUCUCCGGCAUCCUGUUAGGUCGUAGCGAGCUGUAAAGUGCUUCUGUAGUGCACAGGAGUUUCAUUUUCUUCUCUUUUCAGUGGUUUUUGAUCUUCUGUAUAGAUGAUUGGUACCCAUCUAUCUCUGGGUGGGGUGUGUAUAUAUGUGGAUGGUGCGGGGUUAGUAGAGAAAUAGGGGGAAGGGGGGUGGGUAAAAGGGUUUUGCAUUAUUUUUUUAAUUAUUAUUAAUGUUGUUAAUUACUUUUGAAUAAGCCCCUAACAUGCUGUGCUGCAGUCCCUCACCCACACUACAGCUGGUCACACAUGCCAGCCUGGCUCAUGCAGAUCUGUGAGCACCAGGAAAGCAGCUGUGUGAACUCCUUCACUGCAAGAAAUGCUAGGUUUAAUAAAAAAACCAAACCCAUUCUUUCACUUUUUUUUUUUUUUUUUUAAUCAACAUACCUUAAAGGGGUUUGCAAAGAACGUAGAUCUGCUGCUAAAACCGGUUAAAAUAUGCCUGCAGUGCAUGAGGAACCAUGCCAGCAGGGGCUUGGGUGAUGCUUUCAUCUUGGGGAGCACCCAGGGAUGGUCUGAGUUCAGGCAUGGGUUGAAUUUUGGGGAGGCUGGGCACUGUUUGAGGUGCUGUGCUGGUACUUCAUCUCCCCUUUCUUCUUUUUUAGAUGGAAGUGGAGGUAUUGGGAAGGCUUAGAUGCAUUUUGUAGACACACAGGUCUCAUGGAGGUGGCCAGAGGUCUGGCUGGGUUGCAGCAGUCCCUGUCUGACUGCAAAGAGCCACAAGAAGGGACGUUUUUGUCUGUAUUUUUUUAAUUUUAUAUAUACAUGCACACACGUGUAUGUGUAUAUGUGUAUACUUAGAAACUGCUUGGUUUUUGCACUUUAUUUGUGGCAGAAGCAUAACUACUUUAUUUUUUUUUCCUAGUUGUGCCCCUUAACAGGGGAAAUCUGAAUACAGGCAAUUUUUCUGUUUGUUUUUAAUUGUAUUUUGCAUGCUGGAAAGCUGGGACUACAAAAUAAUAAUAGUUACAGAGACGUGGGGGGAACAGGGUGAGGACCUGACUGACUCCAUCAGCCAACUCCCAGUGGUUUGAUCCAUAAGAUCCCUUCUUGGCUGCCUGUCCUGGGCUGGGAGACAGCAGUUAAAAAUGGCAAUUAACCACUAUUGCUUUGUGCAAAAAUCUGUGGAUUUUGGAUUUUUUUUUGUUUUGUUUUGUUUUUAGGGUUCUGGGUUGGAUUUUUUUCCCCCACCUAUAUGCAACAUCUUCUCCAUGCCCAUCUCAUUUUUUUUUUUUUUUUUUUUUUUUUUUUUUUUUUUUUUGCUGGAGGCAGGAGGUGAAGGCAGCCCCCCCUCCUGCAGCACUAGGCUGAGGAACUGGGGGUGGGCAACCCUUUGGAUUCAUCCUUCCCAUGGCAUUCCCCAAUGUCCUGUGUAGGGAACACCAUCCCCAGAGAUGGGAUCGGAGAGGUUUGGUGGAGAAAUAUCUCUUUGUGAGUGUGUGCAUGUUUUGGGGGUGGGUUUGGUGUGUUUAUUUUCCUUUGGGAAAAGGUGAACCACAGUGCCUCGCGCUUCGGCCUCGCGCUCGGAGCGGCACCGACGGCGGGAGGGCUCCGGGGCCACGCUCAGCCCGUGUCCCAUGGGGUGACAGUCCUGGCAGUGCCCUGCCUGUGUCAGCUUGUGCAUAUGUGUAUCAUAGUCCUGUACAGAUAAAACAAAGAACACUCCCUCCCUCUGCUUCAUUUCUGUUUUAACAGCCUCAUUAAAAGCAGACUUCUCCCUUCGUGCAGAUGCGCUUUGGGUUUCUCUGCCUUUCAGAUAAAUGAAUGUUUUGGGGAGGCCACUCACUUGGCUCUUUUCUACUUCCUCCUUCGUGGGGAGUUUUAUCUCUCUCCUCCUGCUGCUGCAAAAAGAUAAGCCAGCAAAUACAAACGUGACGUCUGGCUGCCCAGAGAUCAAUCCUGUACACGUGUAAUUGCGCGGAUGUUUUGGUGUGUAUUUGUGUGUGUAUAUAUAUAAAUAUAUAUUAAAAAAAAAAAAAAGAAAAAACUUAAAAUGGCCCUAAACUUUCAUCCUUUAGUAAUAAUAGAUGUCUCAGUAGGUCUACCUAAACCUGAAAUUCAAACUGCUCUCCUGAGUUCCUCUUGUGCUGGAAGGGUUGAUGGGAUUAUGUCAACCCUGUGCCAUCACAACUGCCCCAAAAAACCUGCUGUCCAUUUUUUUGGUGAACAGAGCCAAGGACUGGGCUGUUGAUGCCACAGCCAAGGCAGAUUGGCAGAGAGGACAUGUCAAACCACACCAAUGAUUUCUUCCCCCACCUUUCUUUUUUUGCUCUCUGGUUUGUUUUCCUUUGUGAUACUUGAAUUUAUUUUUUUAAUUUUUUUUUUUUAAUAGCAAAGCGCUUUUUAUUUAUUUAAUGUAUACUGCAAAGCUUAGAGAGAAGGAUGUAGUUACUUGGGAUUACUUUUUUUUUUUUUUUUGAUUUGUGGUAUGUUAACUGUUCUGUAUAUACAUCUGGAAUAAUUGCCUGAUAUAAAGCUGUGCCAGCUUAAAAACAGGGUAUGCCUUUCAGAAAUUUGUAUAUUUUGCAGUUGCUGGACCAAUAAAAUAUCUUGUUGAAAUACA